AUGGCGAUCAUACACUUGAUACAUGACCUCCAUUUAAGAGUGUUCCUCGUGAUUAAAAUAGUUACAACGUCUUUAUCAACGGCUGAGGGUCAACUUCCCCAAAAUCAGGUCGUAGAGGUGGGUAGCAACAUGACCAUCCACUGCUCGACCGAAUACCCCGGCCACGGGAUCAUUUGGUACUAUCAGAUCGGCGAGAGUGGCAUCGACGUCACUAUCCACGAGCAAGACUUCAAGAACACGCCCUUCGGAUCACGCCUCGAAAUCACUCGGCGCAGAAAGGUGAAUCGAUGGGUUUUUAGUUUGACCCUAGCAGAUGUAAGGAUCUAUGAUUUCGGUGUUUUCACUUGUUAUAAUGUAAAAACACGAUUGUUUGCAAGCUGCAUAUUGACCGUUGUAAAAUUUAUGUCGUGCAAGUCCACACAUAAUCACGUUGCCACAACGUAUGCUUGUAAAUUCAUGCACUCAGAUCUUAUAAAAAUUGAAGCUGCAUGGACGUGCAAUCGCGAUAACGUCGACAUCGGCACGGAAUUAAGUAGUCCCAUGAUCAACAUCCCAGGAACUAAUAAAACAAUCACUGUCAAUGUUGUAAAGACUAAAGCUGAAUUAGAGAAAAGAUUUGGAGGGACUUAUAAGUUUCAGUGCAACAUAACCUUUUCAGAUGCGUAUUUAUCGCCGCCUACAUGGGCGAAGGACUUGGAUAAAACACCGAUGCGAUAUUCAAAGAGUUACAACUACCUCGCUCACAUACAGUUCAACAUAACCGAUCAUUACAACCUGGUUGUUAACGAGCCAGUUCAGUGUUUGGCGUUCAGUAAUCUGCCCGUUGAUUUUGGAAUCAUAGUUAACGACAAAGAAUACAUAAAAGGAGACGUUGUCUAUAUUAACAGGUUCAAUCAAACCGUGAAAAUGACGUGUUUCGCUAAGAAUAAUCUUAAUUUAGAGCCAGUUUAUAUCACGAUUGAGGAUAUCAAAGUCCACAAGACCUAUCCUGUUUCUAACUGCAUGAUUCAUAACAUUCACGAUUGCUUUGAAAAGUUUAUCUACGAUAUCGACGAUAACGCUGAUUUUUUGAUCAUGACACCUCAUCGCUAUCACGUACUUUGCAACGAAAUUUUGCAUAACAUAUCAAUUUGCGUCAGAAAAAUUGUGCCAUGUAUGAUGAGCAGCAUUUACCUUCAUUACUUUCAAGCAUUGAGAUAUCUUUGUUCUAACAAUUACCUAGUUCAUCGGCCUUACUUUUAUGGCAUUCCAUUAGAUUGGCAAUGCAACGGUAUUUACCCCCAACAACUUGGACUUGUCAGCUACGUUACAGAUCCCGAAAGAUUCAUUUACAAAGCAGAGCUGCUACAAGAAAACCCGCCAUCCUUGGCAGUUAUUUUUUUAAACAUGUGCUCAAAGUUGAGAGGUCAGAUAAAUUUGUAUUGCACCACCGUAGCUGCAAAAGUCUACGGAAACGAGGAUUCUGGAAACUGGCAUUAUAACUUUUUUUCAAGGCUUACAAUGCAAAGAGAAAAUAAAUCUGAAGGAACAAACUUCUAUAAACGACUCUUCACAGAAAAAAACACUUGUGAAAUUGAAAAUUUAGAUGAAACGAGGCAGCAGGCUUGUAAACACAAUGAAGAAUGCUAUUUUAUGUUUGACGAGCUCUUAUCAUUGAUUAAUUUGGGCGUGAUAUAUAUAGAAAACACGGAACUGCUUGAAAAAUCAGUAUGCAAAAAAUCACAAUCAUUCAUUGAAGAAUGCGUUAAACAGGUUUUCACACAUUGUUGUCCGGUAGUAAAGGCUCUGGUCAUUCCAACAACAGUAUUUUAUCGGCUGCUAUGCGCUGAUUAUCGAGUUUCUUAUGAAGAGUACCACAAGUCAUGUUACAAUAAACUUUUUGGAAAUGUCAAUUUUACAUCCUUCUUGAAUUGUUCAGAAAAUUUACGAAAGGUCUACAAUCAAAUAUAUGACAGAAGAGACGCCGAACGUUUGACCAACUUAACAAUGGAGGAAGAAGUUGAGCUAUGCUACACUGCCUUGAAAUAUUUGGACUGCAUUCAGCAUCACGUGGAAGUGGUUUGCGAUAAGGACGCUGCUCUCCUGCAAAGAAUUCUCAUCAGGCUGUUGAUGGCAAAGGCUUUUGAAAAAUUUCAUUGCUAUUACGCCUUCUCUCACCGCUCCAACUAUUUAAUGAAAAUUAGUGAAUCAAUUCGAUUGAAACACUCAAAGUUCUCGAUAUACGUUGCUAUUAUGUUUGUAAUAAUUUAUUUUUAA